AUGGCCUCGAUCUUCACAGCACGCCUUUGGUCUCCCAUUCAACAUAAAUAUAUUGUUCUUGCAGGCGAGGAGAAAGUUUUCAGCGAGCGGCCGGUUUCAACGCCCCUCGAACCGCAUUACAAAAGCAAAUCUAAGCAAAAAUUGACUUGGCCCAUCAUGCUGGGUGCUGCUAUCGUGUUGACGGCCUUGAUUGCCUCAAGUGAAUCCUUGAGCUUACCUCGCGCCACUGCAGACUCUUGUAGUUGCGAUUCCUUCGAUCAAGGCUAUCAGUGCAGCAACAACAUCUCGCACUUCUGGGGACAGUACAGUCCUUUCUUCAGUGUGCCGUCGAACAUCUCAACGGACAUUCCAGCAUCCUGCUCUGUGACCUUUGCGAAUGUGCUCUCUCGACACGGUGCCCGCGAUCCUACUUUGUCCAAAACAACCGCAUACAACGCAACCAUCGCCAAGAUUAAAGCGAAUGUCCGAAAUUAUCAAGGAAAAUAUGCAUUCCUUGCCAAUUACACCUACACCCUGGGUGCAGACCAGCUGACUGUAUUCGGCGAACAAGAAAUGAUCAACUCAGGCGUGAAGUUCUACAAUCGCUAUAGCGCACUCGCGUCUCAGAACGCCCCUUUCGUGCGCGCCGCUUCUGAGAACCGUGUCGUUGUGUCCUCGCAGAACUUCACCCAGGGCUAUCAUGCAGCAAAGGCUGCGAGCGGCUCGGAUCAGGCCUACCCUUAUCCUAUCCUUAUCAUUUCCGAAGAUGAUGGAUCGAAUAAUACACUCAAUCACGGCCUAUGCACCAAAUUCGAGACUGGUCCAAACAAGAACAUUGCAUCCAGUGCACAAGCCAAAUGGGCGAAUGUAUUUGUGCCGUCGAUUCAAUCCCGAUUGAACAAUGACCUCCCAGGCGCCAACUUGACGGUUGCCGACACCAUCGCGAUAAUGGAUCUCUGUCCUUACACCACUGUUGCAUCGGAUACUGGUACCGUUUCGGACUUCUGCGGACUGUUCACCGAGGCCGAAUUCCAUCAGUACAACUACUACCAGACUCUGAACAAGUACUACGGCUACAGCUAUGGCAACCCGCUUGGCCCUACUCAGGGUGUCGGCUUCGCAAAUGAGCUCAUCGCCCGCUUGACGAAUACCCCAGUACAGGACAACACAUCAACCAACCGCACUCUUGACAGCGACUCUGCCACUUUCCCCCUCGGUCUGCCGCUCUAUGCCGACUUCAGCCACGACAACGACAUGACCGCCAUCUACUCCGCGCUUGGUCUAUUCAACGGCACUGCACCACUUUCGAAUACUACCAUCACGGAAGCUGAGCAGGCCGGUGGUUACAGCUCAGCCUGGACGGUCCCGUUCGCGGCUCGCGCAUACUUCGAGAAGCUCUCAUGCUCCGAUUAUGAUGGCGAGUACGUUCGCGUUAUCAUCAACGACCGCGUCAUUCCUCUCAAGCAGUGUGGCGGCGACAGCUACGGCCGCUGUACCUUGACUGCUUUCAUCGACAGUCUGGGCUUCGCCCGAUCCGGCGGAAAAUGGAGCCAGUGUUUCUAG